AUGAAGAAGGUUGAUUUUUACAAAGCGUUGAUUAGUUACAUUCCGAGUGUUUUCAAGGCUUUGGCUGGAUGUGCUCUACUGUUCUUGAUAUUGGUUGUUUAUCAUAGUACUGAUGUACCUGAUUAUACGGCCAAAUCGGUUGCUCAGCAAGUUAAGGGCAAUUUUGUGGGUUCUAAUGGUACUAUGAGUACUAAGUUGCUCAAGGACGUUAUUAUGGGCUCCAAUGGUACUACCUCUACUAACUUGACUAAGAGCGUGGCUUUGAAUGGUCCUAAUCGUACUAAUUUGACCAAGAACAAUCUUGUGGGUUCUAAUGGUACUACUAAUACCAAUUUGAUCAAAGAUCAAAGGACAGCUUCUAAUGGUGCCGUUUUGGCCAAGGUAACCAAGCUCUUUACUCUUAAUAGUACUACAAUAUCAAAUAAGACUAAGCCGUCUGCCAAGCCAGUCCUUUCCAAAUGGGACAAUGGUACCUAUUCAGAGCCAGUAGAAGAAGAUCAUCCAAGAUUGUAUAAUGAAGUACCUUGUGCUGAAGACGUUUUUGUGUCAGAAGAUGUCAAGAGGCUGCCAUUACCACCAAAGUCGAAUGCUUACUUCUUUGUCAUGACUCAUACUAGCAAUCAUGGUACUAGGGUAAGGUGUUCAUAUUGACAGGCUUUAUACUAGGGUGAGGGCUGGUACUAAUGAGUAUUGUACUAGGACAAGCGACUUGUGAUGAUGAGUACUAUACUAGGACAAGUGACUUGUACGGAUGAGUACCAUACUUGAACAAGUGACUUGUGAUGAUGAGUACCAUACUAUUUACAGGGCCAGUAGUACUAUUUGUACUUUUAGUACUUAUAGUACAAUUUAUAAUUUUAGUACCAGUGGUACCAUUUUUGAUUUGCUACCAUUAGUACUAUUUAUGCCUAAAAACAUUCAAAUUAAGAUUUUAUAUUUGGUACCUUUAGUACCAUCUAUACCUAAAAAGAUUCAAAAUACAAUUCCAGGUCCAAGCAGCCAACCGAACCUGGAUGCAGCAUCUCGACUACGUCGAAGUACACACCCAUGUCAAGAUGAACGAAUCAGGUAUACCCUACCGUACCCUAUACACAGGCUUAAAGGAAGAUCGAAGUGAAUUAUGGUGCAAAGUGAAGCGAUCUCUACAGUACGCGUACUUGAAUGUGUCAAAAGAGUUCGACUGGUAUAUUAAGAUUGAUGACGAUACCUAUGUCAUCGCUGAGAAUAUGGACAGGUUCUUAAAGGGAUUGGAUCCAAACAAACCCAUUUACACCGGCCUCAACUUUGGAGCUCUUCUGGUGGGUUGAAGGGUCCCUUUUUAAAUUUAGAGGGGGGGGGGGAUGGUUCGGUAGAGUACGGUGUAGGUGAUAUAGUGACAGAUAGAGCUAAGUAACUUUACAGUAGGUGUAGAAUAAGGCAAAAAUUUGACUACGGUAGGUCAAGGAAGAAAUUAGACUUUGAUUACAUUAGUUCAAGGAAUGGGCUAGAGUCACUACGGUAGGGUUAGGGUAAGGCUUGACUUGAAUUAAGGUAGGGUUAGAAUAAAUCUAGAAUUUGACUACAGUAGGGCCAGGUAAGCACACAGUAUGUCUAUGAUAAGGCUACAAAAUCUCACUACGGUAGGGUUGGGUUUAGAUGACAGAAAAGUCUGAGGGGAGGUAAGGUAGGAUGAGGGUAAAGACAUGGUACAAAUACGGUAGAGUAGACGUUGUUAUAAGAUUACUGUAGCAAUGGUCAGGGUAAAGCUUAUCUUGACGUAGGGUAGGAUAGGGUAGGGUAGGGUAGGGUAGGGUAGGGUAGGGUAGGGUAGGGUAGGGUAGGGUAGGGUAGGGUAGGGUAGUGGUACUUAAUGCUCAUCGUAUUACAGAAAAACGGCUAUAUUUCUGGUGGAUGUACUAUAGUAAGUCGAAAAGCUGUCGAACUGUUGGUUUACCACGUUUUUCCGCGAGUUGAGGAUUCAUGCAAUAAAGUGACACACGACGAUGUAAUGAUAGCUGAGUGGGUUUUUUUACCUAAAAUUUAAUUUUUAAGCUUAAAAUUCGUUUUUAAGCCUAAAAUUCAUUUCUAAGCCUAAAAUUUCAUUUUUAAGCCUAAACUUUAAUUUGAAGCCUAAAAUUUCAUUUUUAAGCCUAAAGUUCAUGUUUAAGUCUAAAAUUUAAUUUUUAAGCCUAAAAUUUCAUUUUUAAGCCUAAAAUUCAUUUUUAAGCUUAAAGUUUAGUUUUAAGCCUAAAAUUUCCUUUUUAAACUUAAAAUUUAUUUUUAAGCCUAAAAUUCAUUUUUAAGCAUAAAUUGGAUUAUUUGCAGACAAUUGGAAAAAGUUGGCGUCUACCCCAUCUCCGGCCGUGAUGCAGAUGACAAAGGACGUUUCCACAUGUUUGUAGCGCUACAAACCUACAACUUUUAUCACUCCCCAAUGAGUUGGUACAAGUUCAACACGAAGCCAGGCUUCCAAGAGUUUUCAAAACAUUCAGUCGCCUUCCACCGCCUAACUGAAAACGAAUUUUACCUAGCCGAUAUCUUCAAUUAUAUCAUCAAGAAAGACUGA